UGUCUAGGCAGGACCCGCCAUUCACUCGCCUCACGCCUUCACAGUCGCGAGAGUCACCUCCCCACCAGAAAGGAAGAGGAGACCAGAGCCGAACUCUCUUCCUGCCGAGAUGUCUGUUGGCAUGCGAUUAAAGUCCUACAUGAGGCUGAGGGUCACAUCGUGACAUGGGAGAUGAACACUGGUGAGGUGUAUCGAGGGAAGCUCAUUGAAGCUGAGGACAACAUGAGCUGCCGGAUGUCCGACAUCACAGUCACGUACAGAGAUGGCCGAGUGGCACAGCUGGAGCAGGUGUACAUCCAUGGCAGCAAGAUCCGCUUUCUGAUUUUGCCUGACAUGCUGAAAACCACACCCAUGUUAAAGAGCAUGAAAAAUAAACCCAAGGCUCAGGGCCGGUCGGGGAAAGGCUGCUAUUCUGAAGGCCCCAGAGGCCGCAAGAGGGAGAGGACGUGGAAACAUCUUCCAGAAUCGAAGAUAAAUUUAUCUGUUGGACAGAACUUUGCCCUUAUUUUUUUCUUUUAG